AUGUCCCCGAUAAAGGAAUUCAGCAUAUCUUAUGAGGCUCUCAACAAACAGGACAUCUUCACCAAUGGGGAUACUAUCUCGGGCCAACUUACUUUAACUUUGUCAAAAGAGACUAAAGUUAAAAGCCUUGUAGUGAAAAUUACAGGUGAAGGGUCCGUUCGCUGGGCACACGGGGUCGGAGAUGACAGGAGGAUCUACAGGGAUCACAAGAGAUACAUCAAAGUCAAGGAAUACCUGAUCAAAGAAGAUUCAAAAGACAAUGUACUUCCUGAAGGAGUUCAUCACUUACAGUUCAACAUCCAAAUCCCACAGGAAGACCUACCAUCAUCCUUCAAGGGGAAUCAUGGAAAGAUUGUCUACACGCUACAAGCAAAGUUGUCCAGGAAAUGGCAUAUGGCUUCGACAGUAGAAAAAGAGCUCAAUUUCGCUCCCAAAUCCUUACUACAAUCUGAAGAAGUGAGUGGUGCCCAGGCUGGUUCAGUCAGUAAAGAUGUGAGGGUUUUCUCCAAAGGAGAGGUCCAGAUGUCUGCCACCAUUGACAGAAAAGCUUGCUCUCCAGGUGAAACUGUGUCAAUUGGUGCCAGAAUCAACAACUCCUCUUCCAAAGAAGUGAAGGCCAAAUUCAGUUUGGAGCAGAGGACAGUGUAUCAUGCCCGUGCCAUCAGGAAAGUUGUCGAACUCAGUCUGUGCAAAAUGGAUGGGGACACAAUCGGACCAAACUCAGAGGGAACUGCCUCCUGCCAGUUGAUGAUUCCUGAAGAUAUCGUCCAUACUCUCCAUAACUGUGAAAUGAUCUCAGUUACCUAUACCAUUAAGGUGUAUGUGGACAUCAGCUUUUCCAUUGACCCUGAGGUGUUGUUUCCAGUGGUCGUUGUUCCUUCCUGCUUUUUGGCCCGCUAGCCUGAUGGGGAUUUUGGUCCCUAUCCAGCUGCAGUGCAGUGAUUUCCCUACUUCUCCUUUCCCAGGUUCGGGUUCUUAAGGAUACCCAGCACCAGAUCUCGCUCAACCUAGCAAGUAGCUUUAAUAAUCUGU